UCUCGGUUAAUUAACAAAAUCGUACAAUUUUGAAAUAUUGAAGUGACCAUGGGAAGUGAACACAACGUUUGGAUCCUUUGGCUUUUUUUAUUAAUGGUGAAACUGUCGUUCGGUUUGGAGAAACAUUGGCUACCAAAUUUGGAAUGGGAAACCGCGGAAAAUUGGGUAGAAAAACGGAUACCAGAACUGGACAGUUACGUCAGAUUUCCUUUAGAUAUGAGACACGCUGUGGGAAUUGGCAGCUCUCAGGGUCUACGAUUGUCCGGGAUAGAUUUACCUAGGUCUGGAUAUCUGGUUUUGUCGAAAAAUGGAAGAAUAGAGUUUAGCGAACCAGGCAGUUCGAGGAAAACUAGUGAAUGGUUAAGAUCAGGCCACUUGUUUUGGGCCGACCCUCAAAAUUGGGGUGGAAGCUCGGAAGCAGCACCUCACUUCGAGCAAGUUCCUUGUAGGGAGGACGAUAUCGUCCUACCAGAGACAUCGCGAACAUUUAACGUUCUAAUGCCGAUGAAGAAUACCGAGGUCAGAUCGGUGAGAACGUCUGACGAGAAGCGUCCUUUCAGCCAGUGGCAAUGGUCUGAUAUGGCAGCCAGAAGAGAGUUCGAAGGACGAUUCUUUAGCGUACACUACACCGACUACAGUUGCACCUCCUGUCCUUGCCAGGACGACCCGGACGGAUAUUAUCUAGAGGAAAUUUGCGCCAUCGAAAGGCCAAAGUGUGGAUUCACACCAUGCGAGUUCCCUCUAAAGGUAGAAGGUCAUUGCUGUCGAUAUUGCGGAGGUCGCGUGUCGUUAACGUCCGAAGCGCUCGUGCCGGUGGUACGCGCUGCAGUUGAUGAAGCUUUAGAAAGACACGCGGAAAAGCUCGCUUGGCACGUUAGAUACACCUGGAAAGUGGGGGUGGAGAUUCUGAUAAAGGAAAAGGGCGAUUAUUCAGAGGUCGAUAUCAUCAAAGCGACAGAGGACGUCAAAGAAACCUUGCUAAGUAUGAAAAUCGACGUUGUGGCUACGGAAACUGCAGGGGCAGCUAUGCGAGAUCAUCGUUUAGCUGUGGCACUUAUCCCGCUCAUCGGAACGCCGUUCGUCGUCCUCUUCCUUUUCUUCCUCGGUUUCCUCUACUUCAGCUACUCUUACAGGCACAUUGCGUCAGGUUGCGCGGAAGUCUUUUCAUCGAUCAGGGACGGGGUUCGUGUGGAGAAAAUGCAAAGUGGAAAGCCGUUUGGCUUCGCUCUCUUUGAGAACAUCUCGGAAGGCAAUGUUCAAAUUGCGAAUGUCGCUGGUGCCAGUGAACCCAAAGAGAACGAGGAAAAGGCGGAUGAGGAGGAUUCGUCUUCCGGUGGGAGAUUCGAAAACCCUUUGUACAGGUCGAAGAGAAAGCUUAGAGAAGAGGGAGAGAUUCUGACAUUGGAAGCUCCACUAAGGCUGGCAACCCUGCGCGAUAAGGUUGAAGCUCAAGUUGAAGAAAUAGACAUUGAUAUCGACCAGUGAAAUAUAUUUUCUCUUAAAAAUACGAUGUAAUCAGAAAAUAUAUCGAACCCACAGCCGAUUGAUUUUUAAUUAAAAAAAUUCUGGCCUUCACUCAAUUCCUAAUGAAAAUUUACAAUUAAGAUUUGCUUUUUAUAUUACACUCUUAACUACAAAAUUAUUAUUUUAUGCCAUGAACUUGGAUUUCAACUGUCAAGGUUCGUCUUACGGUGGGAGAUUUGAAAACCUUUGUACAAAUCGAAAAGAAAAUAUAGAGAGGAGGGAGAGAUUCUGA